UUGAUAUCUAAUAACUUGACUUUAUCCAAGUGGAUAAUAUCGUGUAUGCUCUAUAAAAUACCGAAAUAGAAAAGGGAACUACACCUGAAUAUUAAAAUUAUAACUGAUUUUAUUUUAAACUUGUUGUUCGUACAUAUAAAGUUGAAUACAAUGUCUAGCUUACGUUUAGAUUCGUGCUGGGAACAAGAGGAAGACGGUAACACAAGUCGUCAUGUAACUGGCGAUCCAAUAGCCUUGAUAUACAAUGAAGGCCUUUGGAAAAUAAACAAAGUAUCUCCCUUGUACAAUUUACAAUACAAUGGUAUUAAGUUGAAGCAGUAUGGCUCUAAAAUCCUCCAGGCACUCGUCAGCUCAUUGCAAAUGAGUAAUACAGCAAAAUACACUGUAGUACUUGAAGAACUACCACUACUGAAAUACUCCGAAGAAGAUUCUAGUGGAAUACUAAUAACAGUUAGAUCAUCACAAGAGGACAGCAAUACUAAAAAAGUGGCAUAUGUUGCUAUAUUAUUGUCUUGGGGUAUAAGCAUUAGUAUGGAAAAUGCAAUACAUCUACCUUAUAUGCUAGAACGCGGUGAACAGAGAGUUGGAACAGUUGUAAAAACAAUUUUGCAGACUGCUUUUGAUUGCAACAUUAAACAGUUUAGUUUUACUCAACACCAACUUUUGAACUUUGGUUUCAGUUUUAUAGACAGUGAUACAUCCCGGUCAAAUGAUCAAUUUACACUUGUGUAUAGAAGCCCACAGACUGAAGUCAAAAGUAAAUUAAGUCUAUCAUUUGACAUAGGAGAUGUGAGACUGAUUUGGAAUGGAAUAAAAGAUGAAACAAUAAAGAAAGCAGACUUAAUAAUCCUGGCAUACCAGAUAUUACAAAACCAAAUAUUCAGUUUGGGUUACCUGGAUGUUACUGUAUUCGAUUUGAGUGAAAUUAAUUUAACAAAAGCAGAAAUAAAAUGCAAUGGAGGUGUGAAAAUGAAAACGCCAGAAAUUGUGAACUGCGUAUUCACUGUUUUAAAUGAAAUUUGCUGUGAUUUGUGGCAGGAUUUGAACAUCACAGAGUGACCAUAGCUUUAUCAUACUAUUGUGCUUAAAAAGUAAGAUGGUAAUUCAUCUUGUAAGUUUUAAUAUCCAAAAUGACAGUUCCAACAAAUCUAACCCCAGAGUCGCUAGCAGUAGAUGACUGUAAAUGCUUGGGGCAUCAAGAUAACACUCUGUUAAUUGACCUGUGAUCAAUUUCAAAUUAUUGUAUCAAUAAAGUGUCACUUAAUAAUUCUUAAUCAAAAUUAGAAAAGUAAGAUAGACAC